AUGCCAGAUCCCAUUCCGGUGGGAUAUGAGCUGGUUCGUGCGGGUGAUCCUGGCAUGGACAUCUUGGAUGAAUGGCGCUGUGCCCCGGGCUACGUAGGCCAAGCAGUAUCCAGGUGCAUCUUCGACAAUGAAACGGAGUGUGGCGUGGCACAGGUGCUGUCAGGGUGCCUGAAACUGGAACCAUGCGUACUUCCUUCCAUGGCACAUUGCAGCCUGAACUUCUCCGAGUGCCUGGAGCUGGGUCCGGGCGAGUCUUGCACGGUCACCUGCAAGGCAAGUUAUGCUGGCUUCAUCCGGCCUAUUAUGGAGCAUGAGGAGGAGGACGAGGACGAGAACUUCAGCAACUUCAGCAACGACAGCAAUCGCAGUUUCGUCAGCAACAUGUCCAACGCAACAAUUCCGUGGCCUCUGGAGCCCUCACUGGUACCCAGCGAUGGAGUCAUGGGCUCAUGCCCUGCUGGGAACACCAUAGCAGGACGGGAGUUCGACAUGAUGGAGCUGCUAUGUGUUUUCGAAGACUGCAUUGAUCCUGAGCCCAUUCCGGAACCUUUUGUCAAGCUGCAAGCCACCAACUCCAGCGAGGACAGCUGGCAAUGUGCAGAUGGCUUUGCCGGGAAUGCCACGGCCACUUGCGUCAUGCGGCAGGACUGCGUAGGCGAGUAUGAACUCUCCGAGUGCCUUCCUGUUGCUCCAUGCGGUGCUCCAGUUGUCGAUCUCUGCCGAUUCGAGGCCGCCGUGUGUGAUAUGGCUCCUGGCGGCUCCUGCCCGCUGCUCGACGGAUAUCCUGCCGAGAGCCCACGCGAGGUGCAGAGUCUCUUUAAAGAGCUGCUGAGAGGCUUCCGUCCCCGGCCAGGUGCCCCUGGUAUGGCGGUUUGUCCAGAGAUGAACACGGAGUUGGGCGCACCCCCGGAGAUACACCUCCCGGAGUGCGAGUCCCUGUGCAUGUACCUGGAGGAUGUUGAAGCUCCGACGGGCUUCGCGAGCUGUGAGGAUGCCGGCACAUGCCCGGGAGGUGAAAAUGCCACAGGCUGGACGUGUGCCGCGGGCUAUGGUGGCAAUGCGACGACAACCUGCUUGAUUGAUCCGGAGAAUAAUUGCAGCGCCAGCUACGUUUUCAGUGGCUGCGGCCCACUGACCAUCUGCGCGGGCAUGCAGAAUCCCGACCCCUGCAGGUACAUACACAGUUGCAUUCCCGGGCUACUGCCUGGCGAGCAGUGUGAGUUCCGCUGCAAGCCUCCAUCCUUCCUGGGUGAUCCGACAACUGGGACCUGCCCCAUGGACAACACGGAUCCUUUGCGUCCUCCUGUGGUGCCUGUGCUGCCAAGCUGCGAGCCACAGUGCACCGAACCGUCAGAGCCACCGCAAGGGUACAAUCGUUCUGGCGGCAAUUGGACGUGCGCCGACGGCUACCUCGGCACGGCGGUGCCAAGCUGUGGCCCCGAUCGGAACUGCGUGAUGCGAUUCACCCUGAGUGGCUGCGAGGAGAAGGUGCCGUGCUCUGCUCCAGCGCUGCCCGGUGGCUGUGAGUAUGUUUCGAGUUGCCCCACCCAGCUGCUGCCCGGAGAAACCUGCCAACUGGACUGCCAAGCUCCCUUCUAUGGGAACUCCACAAAUGCGACCUGUGAUGAGAACAACCUGGUGCUUAACAUUGCUCCAAACUUCAGCCUGCCCAAUUGCAGCCUUCAAUGCCUCGACCCGCCCGUCAACUUGACGGAGGCGUACGUGGAGACUGCAGAUGGCUGGGAGUGCAACUCGACCGGCUACCUUGGGACAGUGGUCAGUUCCUGCUAUGCUGAUUCCUCGUGCACUGGGAUCCUUCUGCUCUCCGGUUGCCUGCCGAUCGUGCCCUGCCUGACCCCGGAUCCGCGAGCUUUCGACCAAUGCCAGUUCAACUUCACCGGUUGUGACCAACUGACGCCCGGAACCACCUGCAAUGUCUCCUGCCGAGAUCCCUACGUAGGUAACAGCACCAUGGCAAGCUGCAGGGAGCAGAACGUGGAUCCCCUGGAACCCCUACAGUUCGAGAGACCGAAUUGCGCGCUUCUGUGCCCGGAGCCGGACCCCGUACCUGAAGGCUACAUCCGUGGAUCAGACUCCUGGACAUGUGCACCAGGUUACACCGGCAUCGCUUCUGCCAGCUGCUACAUGGACCGGACGGAGUUGACGGGGUGUGUCCAACUUCAACCUUGUUGGUUCCCGCCCAGCGAUGUCUGCGACUACGACACAUCUGACUGCAGUAUGGUGCCCGCUGGGGGAACUUGCCAGGUCUUCUGCCGGGUGCCGAUGGGAGGGGGGCCUGCAGUUGGCUACUGCCCGUCCACCAACACCGAUGCCAACACCCUUGUCGAUGUGCAGAUGCCGAACUGUUUCCUCGACUGCCCCAUCCCGGAAGAGCUGCCGGAGGAGUACAACGUUAGCUUCACAGCCGUGCGUGAAGACGGUUUGGCGGUGUCAACCUUUUCUACUGACCCUCUGUCCGGACGACGUGCGCGCAUCGAGCGGGAGGGCUACUUCAUUUGCGCAGAGCUGCAUGCCGGCAACCUGACGGCUCUGAUCAUCGCUUAUCCACAGACGUCAGCUUCGCCCGGUGAGUAG